ACUUCGGAGGACAAUUGAAUUACAGAGAUCCUUUCACAUCUCGUUGACCAUAAACUCAGUUUCAUUUUUUUUAAAUCUUGAUAUAGCCUGUCUCCUGAAGGAUCUAAAUCGCCCAUCACAAUGUCAGCCCAGGGCCCUAACCCUCUUCCCCCGACGACCAUCCUCUCGACGAGACCCAUCUCACAGUCCGCUGCACACGACUUCCUCGCCGCUUAUCUCGACCGCGCUGCCACAGACCCCGCGCUGCAGCCUAAUGCCUCCAUUAGCGAACAUGGCCCCGUCUCGCGCACCACCGCCGCGGCGCCAAAUCUGAUCCUGCACAAUCUGAAGCGCGUACAAGCAGGGCUCGCCGGGGAGGUGCUUGGCCGUGAUCUGACAUUCAUCAAGCUUGGAGAGGACGGCAACGCACAGGUGGUCACCGUCGACCCUAGCGCGGACGAGAAUGCCCUCGCGCAGAAAGCAGAGGGAGAGGGCUGGGAGGAUGCUCAGCAGUGGCAGCAGAGGGACGAGGAGGCAGAUGCUGCGCCCCAGGAUGCGUCUGAAGAUCCUACAGCUGGCGCGCUGGACAAGGAGGAGAGAAAGCGCAAGAAGAAAGAGCGCCGGUUAGCGGAGAAGAGGGCCAAAGCCAACGCUACAGAGGAGUAACGAGGGAAAGGAAGGAAAGAAAGAAAGAAAGGAAGGAAGGAAGAAAUAAUAGAAAGAGGUUUAUAAAAGUUGGCAUUGACUGGCGUUUUACGACAUUACGAUAUCAUUUGCUUUCAUUGGGGGUUUUAUUUUUUUUCUUGUAUUAUCAUUCCAAGACAAAGAGAGACGCAGCUGUGUCUGUCUGCGUGUCCCUUGAGGACAGCCUGGCAGCCUGGUAGCCCGGGCUGAUGCUGCUCAAAGAAAAAAGAAGUGAUAUUGAUGAAAACUUAAAAUCCUGUGUUUUCAAACAACCUUUCCUAUGCCAUCUCUUUUAGGGAAAAAAAAAACCAGACCGACGCCUCUGCCACCUUUCGACACCUCCUGGGAGACCAUAACACCAGACGAGUGAAAAAAGAAAACAAGAGGGUAAAUGAAGAAACGGGGAA